AUGGAAUGGCUCGGCCGUGCCAGAAUCGCUUUCACCCACUGCCCCUCGCCGCUUCCCUUAAAGCGGAAGGAUGGCUCAUUUACCGACCUCCGUCGCAUCUGCGAGGAUUCCGUCCCACCAUGCCAGCUUAACCCUUUGCUUUUCAACGGUCACGUCCAGACUAUGUGGACGUCUGUCAAGGACCCUGGCCCGACCAUCUACUACCGCCGCAAGAUUUUUAAUGCCGAGCAUACGACUUAUAAGGGUACUUUUGCCGUCGAUUUCGCUGUGCCCCCUCACGAUGAAGUCGAUGACACCCUCCCGCCUAGGACUGCGUACUUUUCUGAGGAAGAGUGGGCCAAGAUUGGAUCAGAUGACAGCAGGCCUAUGCUGAUUGUUCUUCAUGGCCUAUCUGGUGGCUCUCAUGAAGUGUAUCUCAGACACGCGAUUGCACCACUAAUCCUGAACGGAGGCGGUUGGGAGGUCGCUGUGGUGAACUCCCGCGGUUGCGCCAACAGCAGGAUCACCAGCGGUAUUUUGUACAAUGCGAGGGCGACGUGGGAUGUUAGGCAAGUUGUGAACUGGGCGCGGAAGACAUUUCCCAAUAGACCGCUGUUCGCUCUGGGCUUUUCCCUUGGUGCCAAUAUUUUGACGAACUAUGUUGGUGAAGAAGGCGCAAACUGCUCCUUGAAAGGUGCGAUCGUCGUUGGCAAUCCUUUCGACCUGGAGCUCGCCAAUAAGGCCCUUCAACGGACACAGUUGGGAAGACUCUAUUCGCGAAUUAUGGGCUCGAACAUGAAAAGGCUCAUGGACUUACACAAGGACGAAAUUAUUAAGUAUACAAAUCUGAACUUUGACCGGAUACAAAACAUCACAUACUUGCACGAGUUUGAUCGCGAAGUCCAGACUGUCACCUGGGGCUAUCCUACUGAAAACGCUUACUAUCGCGAUGCUUCUUCAUCAGAUGCUGUUCUUGGCAUUAGGAUACCCUUCCUGGCUCUUUCCGCGCUUGAUGAUCCAAUUGCCGUAUGUGAGGCUAUCCCAUAUCAAGAGUUCCAGCAGAACCCAUAUACCGUGCUCUGUACAACCUCUCUUGGUGGUCAUCUUUCUUGGUUUGAGGUCGGGGGUGGCAGAUGGCAUGCGAAACCGAUCUGCAACUUCCUCAACCGAAUGGUAAAGGAGAUCGACCUGGAUUCCAUCAAGCCUGAUGUAACCGGCAUCUUCGAGCCGUCGGAGUUUGCAGGAGAGUUCCAUCCUGUGAGAAGAAAGCUGGAGGUCUCUCUUAACUAG